GCUCGAAACUUUCUCUACACAAUAUACCACCUGCAAGCUCUCCCUACAGACUUUCUCCCUCCCUCUCCCUCUCUCUACCUUCGGUCUUUUGGUGGAACCCUUAUGAAUGUAUCCCUUCCCCCCCCUUGCCUUUUUGGCUGCACAGCCUGCUUGGCAUCCUGUAGAUCCUGCGCCAGCUUGACCAAUCAUUGCGGGGUGGCCGCUCUGCACGACAGCGUUAGGCCGUCGUGCGCCUUUGAGAUCAUAUUCAGCAUUAUCAUCCGUUGAGAGGGGGGCCAAUCCGGAGAGUUGUUCUCCGUCUCCGGAUUGGUACAGCUAGU